GCGGCGGAAUAGGCCGGGGCAGGUCGCGCUUGCUGCCUUCUCCCCUGAAGAGAGACGCGGGGGGAGGGGGGUGCGGCGAGCGGCUCCUCUCUCUCCCCACCGCUCCGCUCGCGCCCCAGUGUAAUGAGGGUCACCCCCUCCCCCCAGCCGGCCCGGGAGGGGGCGCGGGGCACGGUAGCCAGCUGUGGAGCGCGGGGCCGGCUGCCCUCCUGCAGCAAACUUUGCCUGCUGCUGAAUAUUGAUGAGUGCAAUCGGCUCGGCCGGGAGUUGCUGCCGCGUCUGCGGGAGGAACCGCGGCCCGGGCAGGCGGCGUCGGCAGCAGCCAUGUUUGUCAAGCCAUAGCAGCUGCUGCUGCCCUGACUCUUCUUCGCCGGCUGUCUCCCGUUUCUCCCCCCUGCUGCGUCCCAGCCUCUGGGCCCUACAGCAGUGGACCGAGCAGGCCUGGAAUCAGGAAGGUUGAUGCUGGCCCAGGAUGGAUCAGACCUGUGAACUACCCAGAAGAAAUUGCCUGCUGCCCUUUUCUAAUCCAGUGAAUUUAGAUGCCUCUGAAGACAAGGAUAGCCCUUUCGGUAAUGGUCAAUCCAAUUUUUCUGAGCCACUUAAUGGGUGUACUAUGCAGUUAUCGACUGCCAGUGGAACAUCCCAAAAUGCUUAUGGACAAGAUUCUCCAUCUUGUUACAUUCCACUGCGGAGACUACAGGAUUUGGCCUCCAUGAUCAAUGUAGAAUAUUUAAAUGGGUCUGCUGAUGGAUCAGAAUCCUUUCAAGGCCCUGAAAAAAGUGAUUCAAGAGCUCAGUCGCCAGUUGUUUGCACUUCCUUGAGUCCUGGUGGUCCAACAGCACUUGCUAUGGAACAGGAUCCCUCUUGUAAUAACUCCCCUGAACUCCAGGUAAAAGUAACAAAGACUGUCAAGAAUGGCUUUCUGCACAUUGAGAAUUUUACUUGUGUGGACGAUGCAGAUGUAGUUUCUGAAAUGGACCCAGAACAGCCAGUCACAGAGGAUGAGAGUAUAGAGGAGAUCUUUGAGGAAACUCAGACCAAUGCCACCUGCAAUUAUGAGCCUAAAUCAGAGAAUGGUGUAGAAGUGGCCAUGGGAAAUGAACAAGACAGCACACCAGAGAGUAGACCUGGUGCAGACAAAUCGCCAUUCUUGCCUUUAGCUCCUCAAACUGAAACACAGAAAAAUAAACAAAGAAAUGAAGUGGACGGCAGCAGUGAAAAAGCAGCCCUUCUCCCAGCCCCCUUUUCACUAGGAGAUACAAACGUUACCAUAGAAGAGCAAUUAAACUCAAUAAAUUUAUCUUUUCAGGAUGAUCCAGACUCCAGUACCAGUACAUUAGGAAACAUGCUAGAAUUACCUGGAACUUCAUCAUCAUCUACUUCACAGGAAUUGCCAUUUUGUCAACCCAAGAAAAAAUCUACGCCACUGAAGUAUGAAGUUGGAGAUCUCAUCUGGGCUAAAUUCAAGAGACGCCCAUGGUGGCCCUGCAGAAUUUGUUCUGAUCCAUUGAUUAACACACACUCAAAAAUGAAAGUUUCCAACCGGAGGCCCUAUCGACAGUACUACGUGGAAGCUUUUGGAGAUCCUUGUGAAAGAGCCUGGGUGGCUGGAAAAGCAAUCGUUAUGUUUGAAGGCAGACAUCAAUUUGAAGAGCUACCUGUCCUUAGGAGAAGAGGAAAGCAGAAAGAAAAAGGCUAUAGACAUAAGGUUCCUCAGAAAAUUUUGAGUAAAUGGGAAGCCAGUGUUGGUCUUGCUGAGCAAUAUGAUGUUCCCAAAGGGUCAAAGAACCGAAAAUGUGUCAGAAGUUCAAUCAAGUUGGACAGUGAGGAGGAUAUGCCAUUUGAGGACUGUACCAAUGAUCCUGAAUCAGAACAUGACCUGUUGCUUAAUGGCUGUUUGAAAUCUCUGGCUUUUGACUCUGAACAUUCUGCAGAUGAGAAGGAAAAGCCUUGUGCUAAGUCUCGAGUCAGAAAGAGCUCUGACAAUCUAAAAAGGACUAGUGUGAAAAAAGGCCAUAUGCAAUUUGACACACAUAAGGAAGAACGGAGGGUAAAGAUUCCAGACAACCUUGGCCUAAACUUUAUCUCUGGGGAUGUUUCUGAUAAACAGGCCUCUAGUGAACUUUCUAGAAUAGCAAACAGCCUCACAGGGUCCAACACUACCCCAGGAAGUUUCUUGUUUUCUUCUUGUGGAAAAAUUGCUGCAAAGAAAGAAGUUGAGACUUCAAGUUGUGACUCUUUACUGGGCUUGCCUGAGGGUGCCUUGAUCUCUAAACGUUCUGGGGAGAAAAAGAAACCCCAACGAGGUCUAGUUUGCAGUUCAAAGGUGCAGCUCUGCUAUAUUGGAGCAGGUGAUGAGGAAAAGCGAAGUGAUUCCAUCAGCAUCUGUACCACUUCUGAUGAUGGAAGCAGUGAUCUGGAUCCUGUAGAUCACAGCUCAGACUCUGACAACAGUGUCCUUGAAAUUACAGAUGCUUUUGACAGAACAGAGAACAUGUUAUCCAUGCAGAAAAACGAAAAGAUCAAGUAUUCUGGGUAUCCUGCGACAAACACUAGGGUAAAAGCAAAGCAGAAGUCCCUCAUUACUAACUCACAUACAGACCACUUAAUGGAUUGUACUAAGCCAGCAGAGUCUGGAACUGAGACAUCUCAGGUUAAUCUCUCUGAUCUUAAGGUGUCCACCCUUGUCCGCAAACCCCCGUCGGAUUUUAGAAAUGACAGUCUCUCUCCACAAUUCAGUAUAUCAUCAAGUAUUUCCAGUGAGAACUCACUAAUAAAGUGUGGGGCUACAAAUCAAGCUCUGUUACUUUCAAAAAGCAAACAGCCCAAGAUCCGAAGUAUAAAGUGCAAACAUAAAGAAAAUCCAGGUGUGGUAGAGCCCCCAAUUACAAAUGAGGACUGCAGUUUGAAGUGCUUCUCUUCAGAUAUGAGAGGCUCUCCUUUGGCCAGCAUUUCCAAAAGUGGGAAAGUGGAUGGGCUAAAACUACUGAGCAACAUGCAUGAGAAAACUAGGGAUUCAAGUGACAUAGAAACAGCAGUGGUGAAACAUGUUCUGUCAGAAUUGAAAGAACUCUCUUAUAGAUCCUUAAGUGAGGAUGUCAGUGACUCUGGAACAUCAAAACCAUCAAAGCCAUUACUUUUUACUUCUGCCUCUGGUCAGAAUCAUAUACCUAUUGAACCAGACUACAAAUUCAGCACCUUGUUAAUGAUGUUGAAAGAUAUGCAUGAUAGUAAGACCAAGGAGCAACGGUUGAUGACUGCUCAAAAUUUGGUCUCCUAUCGGAGUCCUGGUCUUGGGGACAGUUUUACCAGUGGUCCAGUAGGGGCUUCUAAGGUCUUGGUUUCAGGAGGCUCUACCCACAAUUCAGAAAAAAAUGGAGAUGGUACCCCGGACUCAGCCCAUCCUAUCCCUGGUGGGGGUGACUCUGCACCAUCUGUGGAGUUGUCUGCCUCCUUGCCUGGCUCUGUGUCUGACAGAAGAGACCUCACUGCUACUGGCAAAAGUCGUGCUAACUGUGUUACCAGGCGCAAUUGUGGGCGAUCAAAGCCAUCAAGCAAAUUGAGAGAAGGCUUUUCAGCUCAGAUGGGGAAGAACACAGUGAACCGUAAAGCCUUAAAAACAGAGCGCAGAAGAAAACUGAGCCGGCUUCCAGAUGUGACUCCUGAGGCUGCACUGCAGGUAGACAGAGAAAGUGAAGGUUCUGUGAGUGGCUCUUUGAGGGAUGGGGCAGAAAACCCUGGUAAAGAAGAGGCCCUUCUAUUAAUGGGCCAUUUAACAAGUGAAGACCGUGCCCAUUUUUCUGAUGUUCGUAUUGAUAACAAGGUCAAACAGUCUGACCCAGAUGAAAUUCUUGAAAAUGGCUCUUCUUUUGAAAACAGAAAAGGCCCCGAGCUGGCAUCUGAAGUAAAUAGUGAGCAUGAUGAACCUAAUAGUGUAAAUCAAGCGGUGCCUAAAAAGCGGUGGCAGCGUUUAAACCAAAGGCGCACUAAACCUCGUAAGCGCACUAACAGAUUUAGGGAGAAGGAAAACUCUGAGGGUGCCUUUGGGGUCUUGCUUCCUGGUGACCCUGUGCAGAAGGUGGAUGAGUUUUCCGAGCAUAGACCUCCAACUUCAACAAAUAUACUAGAAGACACACUGACAAAUCCAAAUCGUACUGACUGCUUAGAAUCAGUUGGCCCACGGUUGAGUGUUUGUGAUAAAUCCAAUGCCAACAUUGAGGAGAUGGAAAAGGAGUCUGGAAUUCCCAGUUUGACUCCGCAGUCUGAGCUCCCGGAACCAGCUGGGCGAUCAGAGAAAAAACGCCUUAGGAAGCCAAGCAAGUGGCUACUGGAAUAUACAGAAGAAUAUGAUCAGAUAUUUGCUCCUAAGAAGAAACAAAAGAAAGUUCAGGAACAGGUACACAAGGUAAGUUCCCGCUGUGAAGAGGAAAGCCUUCUAGCCCGAUGUCGAUCUAGUGCUCAGAGCAAGCAUGUGGAUGAGAAUUCAACCAAAGAAGAGCCUCCUGUUCUUGAAAGGGAGGCUCCGUUUCUGGAAGGACCCUUGGCCCAGUCAGAUCUUGGAGGUGCACAUGCUGAGUUGCCUCAGCUGACCUUGUCUGUGCCUGUGCCUCUGCCUCUGGAAGUCGCCUCAAGGCCUACCCUUGAGUCUGAGGAAUUGCUAGUUAAGACUUCAGGAAAUUAUGAAAGUAAGCGUCAGAGAAAACCAACUAAGAAACUUCUCGAAUCCAAUGAUUUAGACCCUGGAUUUAUGCCCAAGAAGGGGGAUCUGGGCCUUUCUAAAAAGUGUUAUGAAGCUGGUCACUUGGAGAAUGACAUUGCUGAAUCAUGUGCUGCAUCUCAUUCUAAAGAAUUUAUUGAAGGCACUACCAGGAUAUUUGAUAAACCAAGGAAGCGAAAACGGCAGAGGCAUGCUACAGCCAAGGUGCAAUGUAAAAAAGUGAAAAACGAUGACCCAUCAAAGGAGACGCCAAGCUCAGAGGGAGAACUGAUGACACACAGGACGGCUGCAAGCCCCAAGGAGGCUGUUGAGGAAGGUAUAGAGCACGAUCAUGGGAUGCCUUCAUCUAAAAAAAUGCAGGGUGAACGAGGUGGAGGAGCUGCGCUUAAGGAGAAUGUUUGCCAGAACUGUGAGAAACUGGGUGAACUGCUGUUGUGUGAGGCUCAGUGCUGUGGGGCUUUCCACCUGGAGUGCCUUGGGUUAACUGAGAUGCCGAGAGGAAAAUUUAUCUGCAAUGAAUGUCGCACAGGAAUUCAUACCUGUUUUGUGUGUAAGCAGAGUGGGGAAGAUGUUAAAAGGUGCCUUCUGCCCUUGUGCGGAAAGUUUUACCAUGAAGAGUGUGUCCAGAAGUACCCACCCACUGUCACACAGAACAAGGGCUUCCGGUGCUCCCUCCACAUCUGUAUAACCUGCCAUGCUGCUAAUCCAGCCAGUGUUUCUGCGUCCAAAGGCCGUCUGAUGCGGUGUGUCCGCUGCCCUGUGGCAUAUCAUGCCAAUGACUUUUGCUUAGCUGCUGGGUCAAAGAUUCUUGCAUCUAAUAGUAUCAUCUGCCCUAAUCACUUCACCCCUCGGCGAGGCUGCCGGAACCACGAGCAUGUUAAUGUGAGCUGGUGCUUUGUGUGCUCGGAAGGAGGCAGCCUUCUGUGCUGUGAUUCUUGCCCUGCUGCUUUUCAUCGUGAAUGCCUGAAUAUUGAUAUUCCUGAAGGAAACUGGUAUUGCAAUGAUUGUAAGGCAGGCAAAAAGCCACACUACAGGGAGAUUGUUUGGGUAAAAGUUGGACGAUACAGGUGGUGGCCAGCUGAGAUCUGCCAUCCUCGAGCUGUUCCGUCCAACAUCGAUAAGAUGAGGCAUGAUGUGGGCGAGUUCCCUGUACUCUUCUUUGGGUCUAAUGACUACCUGUGGACCCACCAGGCCAGAGUCUUCCCCUACAUGGAAGGGGAUGUUAGCAGCAAGGAUAAGAUGGGCAAAGGAGUGGAUGGGACAUAUAAAAAAGCUCUUCAGGAAGCUGCAGCAAGGUUUGAGGAGUUAAAGGCCCAAAAAGAGCUAAGACAGCUUCAGGAAGACCGAAAGAACGACAAGAAACCACCACCUUAUAAACAUAUAAAGGUGAACCGUCCCAUUGGCAGGGUCCAGAUCUUCACUGCAGAUUUGUCUGAAAUUCCUCGUUGCAACUGUAAAGCUACUGAUGAGAACCCCUGUGGGAUAGACUCCGAGUGCAUCAACCGCAUGCUGCUCUAUGAGUGCCACCCCACUGUGUGUCCUGCCGGGGGCCGCUGCCAGAACCAGUGCUUCACCAAACGCCAGUAUCCAGAGGUUGAAAUUUUUCGCACGUUACAGAGGGGCUGGGGUCUCCGGACAAAAACAGAUAUUAAAAAGGGAGAAUUUGUGAAUGAAUAUGUGGGUGAGUUAAUAGAUGAAGAAGAGUGCAGAGCUCGAAUCCGUUAUGCCCAAGAACACGAUAUCACUAAUUUCUAUAUGCUCACCCUGGACAAAGACCGGAUCAUUGAUGCUGGACCCAAAGGAAACUAUGCACGGUUCAUGAAUCAUUGCUGCCAGCCCAACUGUGAAACACAGAAGUGGUCUGUGAAUGGUGAUACCCGUGUUGGCCUUUUUGCCCUGAGUGACAUCAAAGCAGGCACUGAGCUUACCUUCAACUACAACCUAGAAUGUCUUGGGAAUGGAAAGACUGUUUGCAAAUGUGGAGCCCCGAAUUGCAGUGGCUUUCUGGGUGUAAGGCCAAAGAACCAACCCAUUGCCACAGAAGAAAAGUCAAAGAAAUUCAAGAAGAAGCAGCAGGGGAAGCGCAGGACCCAGGGUGAAAUCACAAAGGAGCGAGAGGAUGAGUGUUUCAGCUGUGGAGAUGCUGGGCAGCUCGUCUCUUGCAAGAAGCCGGGCUGCCCAAAAGUCUACCACGCAGACUGUCUCAAUCUAACCAAGCGGCCAGCAGGAAAGUGGGAGUGUCCUUGGCAUCAGUGCGACAUCUGUGGGAAGGAAGCAGCCUCCUUCUGUGAGAUGUGCCCCAGCUCCUUCUGCAAGCAGCAUCGGGAAGGAAUGCUCUUCAUCUCCAAACUGGAUGGGCGUCUGUCUUGUACUGAGCAUGACCCCUGUGGUCCCAACCCUCUGGAACCCGGGGAGAUCCGUGAGUAUGUGCCUCCCCCAGUACCGAUGCCUCCAGGUCCAAGUACUCACGUGGCAGAGCAAUCAUCGGGAAUGGCUGCUCAGGGGUCCAAGAUGUCGGAUAAGCCACCUGCUGACACCAACCAGACACUGUCGCUGUCCAAAAAAGCUCUGGCAGGGACUUGUCAGAGACCACCGCUGUCUGAAAGACCUCUUGAGAGAACUGACUCCAGGCCCCAGCCUUUAGAAAGGAUCAGGGACCUCACUGGGUCAGGGACCAAACCCCAGUCCUUGGUAUCCACCCAGAAGCCGUUGGAUAGGCCUGCUCUAGUGGCAGGGCCAAGAUCCCAGCUCUCCGACAAGCUCUCUCCAGCCACCGGCCCAAGUUCCUCACCCUCAGUCAGGUCCCAACCACUGGAAAGACCUCUGGGGAUGGCUGGCUCAAGGCUGGAUAAAUCUCUAGGUGCUGCCAGCCCAAGGCCUCAGCCAUUGGAAAAAGCCUCAGUCCCCACAAGCCUGAGACUCCCGCCGCCAGACAGACUGCUAGUCACCAGCGGUCCCAAACCUCAGACUUCAGAUAGGCUCCCCGACAAAUGCCAUGCCUCUUUGUCCCAGAGACUCCCGCCUCCUGAGAAAGUACUAUCAGCUGUGGUCCAAACCCUUGUAGCUAAAGAAAAAGCACUGAGGCCCGUGGACCAGAAUACUCAGUCAAAAAAUAGAGCUGCUUUGGUUAUGGAUCUCAUAGACCUAACUCCUCGCCAGAAGGAGCGGGCACCUUCUCCUCAUGAGAUCACACCACAGGCUGACGAGAAGAUGCCAGUGUUGGAGUCGAGCUCGUGGCCUGCCAGCAAAGGUCUGGGGCAGAUACCCCGAGCUGUUGAGAGAGGCGGUGUGUCAGAUCCUGUCCUCCAGCCACCUGGGAGAGCAGUGGCCUCUUUGGAGCACCCCUGGCAAGCUGUUAAAUCACUCGCCCAGGCCAGACUUCUUUCUCAGCCGCCUGCCAAGGCUUUUUUAUAUGAACCAGCAACUCAGGCCUCAGGAAGAGCAUCUGCAGGGGCUGAGCUUACCCCAGGGCCUCCCAGCCAGGCACCAGGCCUGGUGAAGCAGAUGGCUGGAGGCCAGCAACUAUCUGGACUCGCUGCCAAAGUGACAACACUGAGUGGGCAGUCUUUCAGGCCUCUUGGGAGUGCCUCCGCCUCCCUCCCCACUGAGGAGAAAAAGUUGGCAACCACAGAGCAGAGUCCCUGGGCCCUGGGCAAAACCUCACCGGGGCCAGGACUCUGGCCCAUGGUGGCUGGACAGACACUGGCACAGUCUUGCUGGUCCUCUGGGAGCACACAGACAUUGGCACAGACUUGCUGGUCUCUUGGAAGAGGGCAAGACCCUAAACCAGAGCAAAAUACAGUCACAGCUCUUAACCAGGCUCCUUCCAGUCACAAGUGCACAGAGUCAGAACAGAAAUAAUACUAGCAAAUACUACAUGGCCAGAAAAGCGGCCCCCAGGGUACCAUUUGGGGAGGGGAAAUCUUUGCUUUCUUUUUCCCCCUUAAAAAACAGACAUAUCCCAACACUCUUCCACUGUUAUUCUUUCCUUGAACCCCAACACUCAGAAACUCUUGUGACAUUAGCCAGUGGGGGUUUGUGGUUGUAUGAACCAUGUAUGGAAAUCCACGUGGGCCCCAGCCAAGAAGGCAGACAGACUUGGGUCUCUUUUCCCCAACCUUUACACAUAGUAAAUUUGAAAUAAAAGACCACUCUGGAGUCAAACAUGGAAUUCAAUUCCGCUGGUCAGGUUGGAAAGCAGUGGGGCUUUCACAGCUGUUUCCCCAGCCACGCAGGACCCCAUUGAGGGCACCUGGUGAACCCUUGGGAGGAAGUGAUGUGGAGAUUUCCUGAGCAUGCUUGUGUGCUAGGCCAGGUGCUAGUCGCUGAUAGGAAAGGGGUGGGGGGGCCUGAUCCCUAUGAGCCUAACAUGUCUGCCUGGGCUCCCAGGCUGUCUUUGAGAACCUUUGACCAGGAGAAAACAGCUAGCUCUGAGGGGUCCUGGGGCCCCAGACUCUAUAUAAAGUGCCCACUAUUGCCCCAGAAGUGGUUGUGCUGAGUGUCUCCUGGUUGGGUCAUGCAUGAGUGUCUGUGCAUGCCUGCAUGCUCAUGCAGAGGUCUCUUCUGUGCACGGAAGGGAGCUGCAUCAAGAGUGGGGCUGUUGGCUGGGGCAGCCAUGGCUGCUUUUGGCUGGACUAUUCAGAAUCUGAAGAUGUGUUCUUGAAGGAGCAGCUGGGCAGGGGAAGCUGUGCUUUACGAGACUAUAGCUUUCCAGCAGAGGAAGAAGGCAAUUGGCAAGCUUCCUGUUCUUUUCUACCAAUUCUCCUUUUACGUGAAUGCACCCCACCCCUGUACCCCAAACACUCAGGUGCUUUCCGAUUUAAGAGUCUCGGGCAGUGGACAUAGGGAACCUCUCCGGCAUACUCUGGGCUAGACACACCAGCUUCAGGGAGCUUGCCACAUCCUGAUGGAACUUACCUGCUUCUCCCCUGAUCCUUUGCCCUCCUAGCUGAGUGGAAAGAGUCCUUUUCUUUACUGGUGGAUUCUGUCACCCCUUCCUUGAGAGUUACUGUGCUCUCUUUUGAGAGCACAUGCCUGCUGACUCAGCUCCAAGCCAAGCCAGAACCCUUCUUUAAGACUGGUGCGAUGUGGUGUUCAGAGCAAUGUCCAGUGUGAGAGACGACACCUCUUAACUGCUGAUGAUCUGUUACUGCUGCCCUGAGCUGGGGCCCAAGGGCUGGGAAAUCUGUUGGUGCUACCCUGCCCUACCAUUCACCCAGCUCAUGGACUGCCAACAGGAAGUGCUGUUUGGCCAGUUCUCUCCCACUCACCCACCCCUCCGUUGUCCCUAGACCAAACGUGUUUAUUACCUCUUUACUUUGCCAACCUAGCCAGCAGCUUUAGCCAACAGGCCAUCGCCCAGCCCGAACUUCUGGCCAUUCUGUCUCCUCAACAGGAUUCUGGUGUUUUGAACCCAUUUCCUCCUGAGUUCCUACUGAGGUUACUCCCAUCACUUCCAAGGAGGAACAGUAAUUGUUCUAGCAGCAUUUGCGCUUUAUAUAAAGAUUUUUUAAAAAAAGAAUCUGCUUUUAUUUCCCAAAGUCCAUCUCCAGUGUGGAGACACUUGAGCUCAGGCAGAGGGAGGAGGCUGGGCAGGGCUGUCCUGAAUCUCGGGGCCUUUCCCUGCAUCUCGCUUAGACCUCGGAAUCUCCUCUGUGAAUUCCACCUGCCUAGUUCUCCCCUUCAUCCUAUCUCUCUUCCCACAUCAUCAGAGAGGGAAAUCUCUUUGCUCAAAAGGAAGAGAAAACAUAAAGCAUCUUAUUUUCUUUUAAAAGAAUUUUAAACCAUGAAAAAAGAUAUUUUUAAAGAAAUCCACCCAAAACAUUAAAGUUCAUUAUAUUAAGUAUUUAUCAUGUGUGAGAAUAAGAAGUAUAUAACUCCAGCUAGUAGGUCCCUUUCCCUAAUCUCUUAGGUUGUAUGAGUAGGGUCUGCUUGGUGCCAGUCCUGUGCCCUUUUCUCUCCUGUCAUCUGUAGUCGUGAUCAGAAAAAGGUAUCUGCACUGCACUGUCAGAAUCUCCUUUCACUGUGUUGUGUGUUAAAUUAGCUCUUUGUUUCAUGAAAUAAACUGUGAAUUUUUAUUUUUUUGGGAGGGGGGGAGGGUGCAGGCUAUGUAAAAUUUUUAAGUGGAGAAGUUUUAUCUUGGUGUAGCUUCUCUGAAGCAGGCUUUGGUUAGUAACCGACUUGACAACUGCUCUGGAAAUGUUUUCCCAGUACAGGAAGGAUUGAAAGGUAGGGCCAUGACUGGCCCUUGUGGUUCUUAGUUCUUUCCAUUCUUCAUCACUCACUGGAGACUUCAUUCCAGACUUGCCUGGGAGAACAACUUCUGAGCCAUGCUUGGUUUUGAGGGGCAGUUCUUUAUCUAAAUAGAUGGAUAACCAGGCUUCCGUCCAGGACCAUUUAAAGACUCUCUCAGGUUUGUUGAGUGGAAACGAGAAAGUUGAGCUCUAGUGCCCACUGAUAACAACAUCUGAUGCUAGAUUGUUAAAAUCAUGAACGCCGUCGUCAUAAAAUUAAAAGCAGAGUCAGGACAAGUGUUGGGAAAUUAGACUCUUGCAUGAAGGUAGGGAGGGAGUGACCUUGCCAGCCCUUAGGGACUUUUCUUGAAGCUUGUAAUGAGACCUUUUCUCCAAGGAAAGGCGGAUUGUUAAACAGAAAUCCUGUAUCUUAGAAAGUUCUGAUUUUUGUGCAGGAUGGUAUUUUGGUAUUUGGCCAAGUGCUUGGAAAUCAUGGGAUAUCAAGAUAGUCUGCCUCUGAGCCAGCUUCCCCUUUUUUGGAGGGGCAGCCAAAGGUUGAAAUGCUCAGAGGUAGCCAAUGCCUCUCCUAGCUCUGUCAAAAAAAAAAAAAAAAAUUAAGAAAACUGUUGAAAUUUACAUUCAGAGCUUCAUUUGCUUUUCCUGGAGCUCGAACCCAUUCUAUAA